AUGAGCAUACGAAUCUCUGCAGAAGAAAAAGGAAAAAGGGUAUGCUUCGAUUCCCAUCAUGCUCCCCGAACAGCUAGAAUCAAAGCCCAACUGCCUGUGGAUUCUGAAAUCCUCGACAAACAUUCCCUCACGCUGAUAGGGAGAGUAACGAACCCAUCUGCGCAACGAGUCUGGCCACUAAUAGCUUUCUUCACGGAACUCUGGAAAUCAGACGUCCGACCAGUAGGUGCAGACAUGGGAAACGGUCUCUUUCAAUUCAAAUUUGAAAAAGAGGAAGACCUGAUACAAGUCCUGGAAAAGAGGCCAUAUCACUACUCAAGAUGGAUGGUCAUUGUGCAAAGAUGGGAGCCAACCAUAUCACCAUCUUUCCCUUGCCUUAUCCCGUUCUGGAUAAAGGUACAAGGUAUACCGAUACAUCUCUGGUCAGAGGAGUUUAUCAAAACCAUCGGUGAAGACAUUGGUCUCUAUGAAAAAACAGAGAUAACUCCCCUUUCGGUUCGAAUGAGAGUUCAAGUUAAUGGCCUCCUCCCGCUAAUUACGUCCUCUGUGAUUGAAUAUCCAAACGAUGAAGAAGUCACCGUAAAACUAGUCUACGAAAGACUAGAACGUCAUUGCUCCAAAUGCUUCAGAUUGGACCACGAACUACGAGAUUGUCUGGAGGCCAAAGCACAAAACAACGCCUUAAAGAAAGCGCAAGAGGCGCUCAUGACAGGUCUACCAUCGGAUACUUCUGUCAACGAAUCUAGACAAGAAGGAGGAUAA